AUGAUCACUCGGUUGGAAGGGGAGGAGUCGUCCUGGAAUUCUGACGAGUGGCAGCUCCCAGGAGGAACCUUUGAAGAACACGAAGAAUCUGACGUGAAGCCUCCAGAUUGGAGCACCCUGGGACUUUCCCUGCCCCCGCCCCCGCCGAGCUGGUGCAGGUGGCGCGGCAGGGGCGGAGCAGGCGGGGGCCGGGGCCGCUCCACCCGCGCCCACCCGGUUCCGGAGCCCGAGCGCCGGCUGGCGGCCACGCCGGGCGGAGCUUUCCGGGGGCGGGGCUUUCCGGGGGCGGGGCUUUCCGGGGCGGGGCUCGGCGGCCGGCUGCCCCGCCUCUUCGGCCCCGCGGGGGUGCUGGGGCGGCGGUUACCGGAAGAGGCUGCAGAGUUUUCGCGGCGGCGUGAGUCCGCACCCCGACCGCGUCCGGGCCAGCAGUUGGGGCGAUGUCACUCCACCGGCAGUCAGCGGAACGAGGGCGCUGUCUCCUCCCCCUCUCCCCUCUCCAGUUCCACAAACCAGGCCCCGGUGGUCCUUGGCCUGCCCAGCGCUCGGGCCGCGGGGGCCUGCGUGCGCGCCUGCCCGGCUGCCUGCGCCUGCAGCAGCGUGGAGCGCAGCUGCUCGGUGCGCUGCGACCGCGCGGGCCUCCUGCGUGUGCCGGACGAGUUCCCAUGCGAGGCAGCCUCCAUCGACCUGGACCGGAACGGCCUGCGCUUCCUGGGCGAGCGGGCCUUCGGCACGCUGCCGUCGCUGCGCCGCCUGUCGCUGCGCCACAACAAUCUGUCCUUCAUCACGCCUGGCGCCUUCAAGGGCCUGCCGCGCCUGGCCGAGCUGCGCCUGGCGCACAACGGCGACCUGCGCUACCUGCACGCGCGCACCUUCGCCGCGCUCAGCCGCCUGCGCCGCCUCGACCUGGCUGCCUGCCGCCUUUUCAGCGUGCCCGAGCGCCUGCUGGCCGAGCUGCCGGCCCUGCGCGAGCUCGCCGCCUUCGACAACCUGUUCCGCCGCGUGCCGGGCGCGCUGCGCGGCCUGGCCAACCUGACGCAUGCGCACCUCGAGCGCGGCCGCAUCGAGGCUGUGGCCUCCAGCUCACUGCAGGGCCUGCGGCGCCUGCGCUCGCUCAGCCUGCAGGCCAACCGCGUCCGCGCCGUGCACGCCGGCGCCUUCAGCGACUGCAGCGUCCUGGAGCACCUGCUGCUCAACGACAACCUGCUGGCCGAGCUGCCGGCCGACGCCUUCCGUGGCCUGCGCCACCUGCACACGCUCAACCUGGGAGGCAAUGCGCUGGGCCGCGUGGCGCGCGCCUGGUUCGCCGACCUGGCUGAGCUUGAGCUGCUCUACCUGGACCGCAACAGCAUCGCCUUCGUGGAGGAGGGCGCCUUCCAGAACCUCUCGGGCCUCCUUGCCCUGCACCUCAAUGGCAACCGCCUCACCGUGCUCGCCUGGGCCGCCUUCCAGCCCGGCUUCUUCCUAGGCCGCCUCUUCCUCUUCCGCAACCCGUGGCGCUGCGACUGCCACCUGGAGUGGCUGCGGGACUGGAUGGUGGGCCCUGGGCGCGUCACUGACGUGCCGUGCGCCUCCCCAGGCUCCGUGGCCGGCCUGGAUCUCAGCCAGGUGGCCUUCGGGCGCUCCUCCGAUGGCCUCUGUGUGGCCCCUGAGGAGCUGAACCUCACUGCAUCCAGUCCAGGCCCCUCCCCAGAGCCUGUGGCCACCACUGUGAGCAGAUUCAGCAGCCUCCUCUCCAAGCUGCUGGCCCCGAGGGCCCCAGUGGAGGAGGUGGCCAACAGCACUGGGGGGCUGGCCAACGCCUCGCUCUCUGACAGCCUUCCGGCCCACGGAGUGGGAGACUCGGGCCGCAAGACCACCUUUCUCCUCGCCUCUUGUCUCUUGCUCAGUGUGGCCUGGCACGUGGUGGUUGGCAUGCAGAUGGGCUGA